UUGUGUCAGCCAGUUCGUAUCGUAGAGAUUCAAGAUGACUGGUCGCGGUAAGGGAGGAAAGGGAUUGGGAAAAGGAGGAGCGAAGCGUCACAGGAAAGUUCUUCGCGAUAACAUCCAGGGUAUCACCAAGCCAGCUAUCCGUCGUUUGGCACGACGUGGUGGUGUCAAGCGUAUCUCCGGCUUGAUCUACGAAGAGACUCGAGGUGUGUUGAAGGUCUUCCUCGAGAACGUUAUUCGCGAUGCUGUUACCUACACCGAACACGCAAAAAGGAAGACCGUGACAGCCAUGGACGUCGUAUACGCCCUGAAACGUCAAGGCAGAACUCUAUACGGCUUUGGUGGUUAAGCGAAGGACGGUGGCUCCUACAAAUCAAAUCGGCCCUUUUCAGGGCCACAAAUAUUUCAAACGUUUGAAUAAUUUCUAUUCGCUAUAUAACCUUACCUGUACCUAUGCAUUCUUCAUGAUA